AUGGCUCUCAACACGAAUUUUCCGCAUAAUCGUAAACGAACGCUGUAUGUUGGCGGUUUCUCGGAAGAGGUCAACGAGAAGGUGCUGAUGGCGGCGUUUAUCACAUUCGGCGACGUCGUCGCGAUUUCGAUUCCCAUGGAUUAUGAGACGGGCAAGCAUCGAGGAUUUGGCUUCGUUGAGUAUGAUUCUGCCGAAGAUGCGGCGGCAGCAAUUGAUAAUAUGAACGAAAGUGAGCUUUUCGGCAAAACAAUCAGAGUCAACUUUGCUCGUCCGCCAAAAGCUACUGAACGAUCGCAGAAGCCUGUGUGGGCUGAUGAUGAAUGGCUGAAACGAUAUGGGCGUGGAGGAGCGGCCGACGAAUCGGAAGAGGUUGAUGAGAAUGGCGACGUCGUUGAAAGAUCUGAAGGCAACGCGCAAGUCCUUCCGCGCGUCUAUCUUGGCGUGAAAAUUGGCAUUCGCUAUAUCGGGCGGAUUAUAAUUGAAUUGCGAAGCGACGUGGUGCCGAAGACCGCCGAGAACUUUAGAUGUCUUUGCACCGGCGAACGAGGAUUUGGCUAUGAGGGAUCGACGUUCCAUCGGAUCAUUCCCAAAUUCAUGCUUCAAGGUGGCGAUUUUACGAAGGGCGAUGGAACGGGAGGCAAAUCGAUUUAUGGUCCGAAGUUUGAGGAUGAGAAUUUUACGCUGCGACACACGAUGCCUGGAACGGUAUCGAUGGCGAAUUGUGGCGCCAACACGAACGGCUCGCAAUUUUUCAUUUGCACCGAAAAAACGGAUUGGCUCGAUGGCAAACAUGUCGUGUUCGGGCACGUCGUCGAAGGGAUGAACAUUGUUCGACAAAUCGAGCAACAAGGCACACCAUCGGGCAAACCGCAAAUGGUCGUCAAAAUUGUUGAGAGCGGCGAGAUUGAGCCGGAGAAGCGGAUAGCGGCGAGUCAGCGGGCUGCCAAGAAGGCGGCGCAGGCCACAGAAGCCGCACCAGCUCCGUCAGAACCUGUGGAAGCGAUGUCGAAAACUGGCGGAAACACCGAACCAAUGCCGUUUGUUCGAAAAUGGGGAGCGUCGGAGGCGUCGAGUGGCGAUUCGUCGACGGUUGCUGCCGGUGCGCCAUCAAAUUUGGAUGCGAAACGCGAUUUAUCGCCACCGCCUCCUCGAUCGCGCUCGCGUACUCGUAGCCGAAGUCGCGAUCGCGAGCGUGAACGUGAUCGUAAGAAGAAGAAGCGUUCGAGAUCGAGAGAUCGCGAUCGUCGCUCGAAAUCGCGAGAGCGCCGAAGACGAUCGCGUUCGCGUGAUCGUAGACGAAGCAGAAGUAGGGAUCGUAGACGUGACAGAACACCGCCAAAACCAUUGAUGGUCCCAAAUGAUGCGCCCACUACUCGAGAGCCGGUCAUCAAUCCGCUGAUUCGAUCGGAUCUCGUCGAAGCGGUCCAGAAUGGACAAUUGCCCGUCGAGCCGUCUGGUCUCGGAACGGUGGUGCCGGUGAAUCCGGAAAGAAAGAAGGAGCGUCGUAGUCGAUGGUCGACAACGAAAAGUUUUGUUCCCGGAAUGCCGACGAUUUUGCCGUCGAAUCUCACCGAAGAUCAAAGGACCUCCUAUUUGCUUCAACUCGAAAUUGAGGACGCGACGAGGAAAUUGCGUUUGGGCGAUUUUGCGGUACCCGAAGGUCGUGAGAGAAGUCCGUCGCCGGAGCCGAUCUAUGAUGCGAAUGGCAAGAGGCUGAACACGAGAGAUGUUAGGAAACGUCAGGAGUUGGAGCAGUUGAGGCAUGAGAAGAUUCAGGCGUUGCUCAAAAUCAAUCCGGCUUAUAAGCCGCCGGCGGAUUAUAGAGCUCCGAAUAUUCGACUUAAUGAUCGCGUUUGGAUUCCGCAGGAUCAAUUUCCGGAGAUCAAUUUUGUUGGGCUGCUAAUUGGCCCACGCGGAAACACGUUGAAGAGUCUUGAGGCGGAAACCGGCGCGAAGAUCAUCAUUCGCGGCAAGGGCUCGAUAAAAGAGGGAAAAUUGACGAAUCGACUUGGGCCGAUGCCCGGCGAGAACGAGCCGCUUCACGCGUAUGUCACUGGAACCGACAUGUCGGUGAUCAAGAAGGCGUGCGAGAAGAUCCAGCAGGUCAUCGCCGAAGCGACAGCGCUUCCCGACAACAAUGAGCUGCGCAAAUUGCAAUUGCGAGAGCUCGCGUUGUUGAAUGGAACGUUUAGACCGGAGGAUUUGGUCAACGGUGCGCGCUGCUCGAAUUGCGGCUCCGACGAGCACAAAUCGUGGGAUUGUCCGGACGCGCCGAAUGUGACGUCGCAGAUUCGGUGCACGAAUUGCGGCGGUUUUGGGCACAUCUCGAAAGAUUGCAAAAAUCCGAAAGGCAUGUACCAGGAGGCUGGAAUGGACGACGAGUACUCGGCGCUUAUGGCCGAACUCGGCGAGAAUCCGAGUAUGCGAUCAUCGGCGCCGAUGGGCGACGCGAGCACGACGGCGGGAGCGGCGACGCGCGGACGCGGCGGCGCCUCGAAUCGCGGACGAGCGGCGAUCAAUCCGCGAGAAUUGUUCGGUCCGCCGAAGAGCGCCGAAGAGGCGGCGCAGAAUCCGGCGCAGGCCGCCAUGGCUUCCUAUUAUGAGCAAUAUCAACAAUACGCAUAUGCGAAUCAGUACGCUCAAGCGGCUGGCUACGACGCUUAUGGACAGGCGGCGCAAGCGCAACAAGGCUAUGACUAUAGCGAUUUUUAUACGAGUCCGGGAGCUCGCGGAGCAGCGAAAAGCAAAGAAUGGGCUUAUGGAGCUUCUGGUUCGAUGCCGAUGCCGGUUCCGCCGCCGGCUGGUGGUGCAAUGGGUGGAUUCAUGCCGCCGCCACCGCCGCCGCCGCCAAUGCCUGGAGCAUCGGACUUGUCGCACCUGUUGGCUGCGCCGGCUCCGCCCCCUCCGCCGAGUUGA